CUUGAUCUCACUUUUUUUUGCAAUGAAACAGAAACAAUGUUGUUCCUCUUAAAGCUGAAUCUGAUUUCUUUUUCUCUCUCAAUUUUUUUGGCCUCUCUCUUUUUCUCUCGAAUUUCCUGAUGGGAAUCAAGACGACAGCAUAUCUACUAUGUCAUAUGAUCCAUUACACACCCAAGGAGGUCCAGUCACGCGAGCUAGAGCUAAGAAGAUGCGUGAAGCUUUAAAUGGCCUUAUUGACCAGAUCUGGGUUGAAAACAACAUACAACAAGCAAAUCAAAGCUUGGAUGAUUAUCAAGGCAUGGUAAACAUCAUUCAGGUUCAAGAGAAGCUUAGUUGAGGUCAUUUGCACGGAAUUACACAGUUUGCGUCAAAAUGGCACAAUUCUACCGCAAUUUGUACCAAACUGAUAUUUCAUGUUAUUUUAGGUUAUUUUUAGUGAUUUUCACGUUUUUUGUAUUAUUUUUGGGCUGAACAUUUGCUUAUUUGAAUCCCAAUUCGUGGUUAUUAGGUUUAGUACUUAGGGUGUUAAUUUCCUAUUCUGAUUAGGAUUUGUUUUCUCUAUUUAAAAGGCUUGUAACUCUAAUGGGGAGGAGGCUAUUGAAUCUGAGAUUUUGAGAGACUUUUCUCUUUGGUUCGUUUUCAUAACUUUACAGAACUUAUCCAGAUUAUUCUUGUGGCGUUCUAACCUGACUUAUCAUUCUCAUUCUUAAUCAUUCAAGGGUGUGGCGUCAACCAACUUUAUACCUCUGGUUCUUGUUGUGUCAUAGACAACGGGUCAAGGUUUUUACCUUUGGUUCUUGUUGCGACAUAAACAACGGGUCAAGGUCCUAUUAUAAAUCUGUUACCUGUCCUAGAGUUUAGAAAUCCCUUGUUAUGCUGUGGGUCUCAUUGUUCUCUUUGGGGUUCUCAUCAUUUCCACUUCUAUCUUUUCUCUCACUCUUCCUUUUUUGCUCAUUCUCUUCUUUUUUAUCUCUCUCUUUUUUAAGCCUCAAUUGACCCCAUACACCUGUUGUGGUGUCAAAGGUACAAGAAUAAUUGGAUGUUGAUUGA